AUGGAACAACUUGAUUUUCAAUAUUUAGUAUCUUUGAAUCCGAAACUAUCUAAAUAUUACGAUGAAAAGUUAAACAAAUAUGAUUUCCAGUCCAACGAUGCGGUGAUAUUACUUACUGAAACUCUCUUCAUAACCAAUUUGAAUCUAGAUGUUCAUAUUUCCAAUGAUAGACUUUGCCCGAGAUAUUUCAAUAGGCUUGAUUAUAUCUAUUUCAUACAAGAACUCAUGGAAGGUUCCAGUUUAUCUCCUGAAUCGAAGUACUUCGGCUUGGAUAUCGGUACUGGUCAGAUGGCAGUAUAUCCACUGAUGGCAGUGAAGAUCAUCUCUGAGCUGACUUGGAUUUUGGCAACAGAUAUUGACCAAAUAUCUGUAAAUAUGGCUCUCAAGAAUGUUCAAAACAAUCAUCUUUCCGAGAAAAUCCUCAUUGAGCUUGUUGAUAAGGACGACAAUUGCUUUAGAGCAGUCAAUCAGAAAGAUACUGAUGAUGCCGUAGGUUUUACCAUGUGCAACCCUCCUUUCUAUUCGUCAAUAUGGGAAAUGCAAUCCAAAAGAGCAUUGAAGCAAGCAAAUGAAGACAGAGAAACAGUCGUAGGUACCAAUCAGGAGUUGAUCUACAGUGAUGGAGGAGAAUUAGGUUUCAUACAAAAGCUCCUUAAGGACAGUAGAACAGCUUCCAAAAAAAUACUAUGGUUCAGUAGUCUUGCUGGUAAUUAUCAUACAGUGAAAACUCUAGUUAAGGAAUUUGACUCAGAUUUCAACUACGGUAUCUAUGAAUUCCAGAGUGGGCUUACUAAAAAGGCCACUAAACGGUGGAUCGUCUACUGGAGUUUCCAGUUCCUAAGACCUUCGAUCAGCCUAUUCAAUUCUAAAGUCUGUGCUCCCCCGUUCCGCUUUAUCAUGAAUCGAAAAAUUGAUUUUGCAGCUGCAUACACCAGAAUCAGGGAUUUACCGUAUUUGGAGAUCAGCACGGACGAGGACUUGAGCGUCUUUGUCAAACUACCAGGAAACUGUUGGUCAAGAUCUUACAGAAGAAAGAGGCAGCAGAACAGUCAGAAACGGACCAAACUGGACGGGAGUUGUUGGUUCGAAGUGGUUUUCUACCAGGAUCAGACGCUGAUUUACUGGAAAUACGGACAAAAAUACCAGACUUUCGAGAGUUUUUGCGGAUGGUUGAAUAAUACUUAA